GUCGGGUCGACCUGGGCAGUGUCUGCCUUUUGUCCGCAGCUUUUCUUGCUCAGUGCUCUUAGUAAGCUUUCCUUUUUCUGCAACGUCCUCAUGUCGUUGCCGUCCGAGGACCAGUUGGCGCGAGCCCUCAGUGGGGUGCCGCAGGCGGCAAAGGCCGCUCUCUACGAGGCGGUCUUGAGCUUCACCGAGCCGGGCAGUGCCCUGACUGACGCUGCUGAUGCAGCAGAGAAAGCGGGUUGGCACAAAGGAUCCAGUGGAUCCGUUGCCGAUGCCGAACUGCUCCAGAGGGCCCUUCUGGGAUACCGCCCUCCGGAAUCGCCGAAGUCGUUUUUUGCAGCGCGGGACCUCCGAGCGCGACGCGCAGUGCGCACGCCGAUUCCUCCGACAAGCCCGCGUAACCGCCCCGGCCCGGCAGAGCCGGCGACCCCUCCAGCCGACACAGGGCGCUCGCCAACCAGUCCUGCAGAGCAGGUUAAGGAAGAGGCGCAAGCGGCACUGCUGCCAGCCGCCCCCAUGGAGCAGGACGAGGGAGAAGAAAGCGAAGAGGCCACCCGCAUCAGUGACGCGUGCACGUGGCGCGCAAAUCCUCCAGCCCGGCAGUGCCGUCGCUGGAGGUCAGGGCGCAGUACGCCCAACCGUGCCAGUGACACGGACGCGGCCGACACGACCGCACCUCCCGCACAGGCUAAGGACAGUGCCCCAUUACCGGCCGAGGAGUCGACAGAGCCGACCGCACGGCAGGUUUUCAUUUGCAGUGGGUGUGACACCCAAAUGAACAUUUGGCAAGACCGUGCCAGUGAGUACGUGUGCUCCUACUGCGGUCUUCUCGAGGACUACCAGGCAGCAGUGCUGCAUUACGACCGCCCCAGCGCCAGUGGCGCAGUCGGCCAGUUCUCCGGCGAGCGCAGGCGCAAGGCUUGGCAGUGCCCAAGUUGCGGCUUCAUGCACUGCACGCGCUGCGCCCGGAAGUUCAUGGGCGCAGGGUGGGUGCCGAGACAAGACGGCCUCACCUCUUACACAGGUGAGCGUCGCCCUACCCGCGGCCCUCCGGCCUCAGUGCGGGCGGAUCUUGCUCGCGCAGAGCGCGAGGCGGCAGAUCGCGAUAGAGAGACGCGCCGCCGAAACAACAAAGGCGGGGGAAAGGGCCGGGACCGCGACCGUGGCGGGGACUGGUCCAACCGGCGAGGUGGCCAUCAGCGCCCCUGA